CCAAAUAAGUCUUCCGGCAGUCCCAGUGCCGCGGUUUCUUUUUUUUCUCGAAGAAAAUUGAAAUAAGCAAAACCCUUAAACCCUCUCUCUCUCCCCGCAAAGACAAAGACCAAAGAGCAAAGUAGAUGUUAGGUAUUUCAGGAUCAAGAAUGAAGGCCCUCCUCAUCUCCUCCGUCCCUCACAUCUCAAAGACCAUACCUUUAUCUUUAGCCUCCUCCUCCAAGUCCUUCUCCUUCAGCCCUCCUACUCUUUUCCAGAACCCCAAUAUUCUCCUCCCAAAACCCAAUAUUUUUCUCCCCAAAAGCUCCAUUUCUUCAGCUCAGAACAUCCGAUGUGUGCAAAUGGAUGCAGAAUCUCACCAGCGCUUCGGUGAGAUUCACGUCAUCGUCGGCCCCAUGUUCGCCGGAAAGACCACCACGCUUCUUCGUAAAGUUCAGUCCGAGAGAGGCGAUGGCAGCUUUCAGGUCAAGCCUCAAAAGCACAUCCAACUGGAUAAAACACUAAGGGGACUCUGCUAUUCAGGAAGAUUGGCAGAAGCCGUUGCGCUAUUGUGCCGCACAGGGUUAGAGUUCAACCCCGCCACCUAUGCUCUUCUAUUGCAAGAAUGCAUAUUUAGGAAAGAGUAUAAGAAGGGGAAAAGAAUCCAUGCACAUAUGAUUGUUGUGGGAUUUGUUCUCAAUGAAUAUUUGAAGACCAAGUUGUUGAUUUUGUAUGCAAAAUCAGGGGAUUUAAGGACUGCCCAUAUUCUGCUUGAUAUGUUGCUUGAGAAAAGCUUGGUUUCAUGGAACUCAAUAAUUGCAGGGUAUGUGCAAAAGGGGCUUGAAGAUGUGGGGUUGAGUCUUUAUAACAAGAUGAGACAGAGGGGUUUGAUCCCAGACCAGUAUACCUUUGCAUCGGUCUUCAGAGCGUGUGCAUCUUUAGCAACACUGGAGCAUGGGAAGCAAGCUCAUGGUGUCAUGAUAAAGUGCCAAAUUGGACAAAAUGUUGUAGUCAGUAGUGCCCUAAUGGAUAUGUACUUUAAAUGUAGUGAUAUAUCUGACGGGCAUAGGGUAUUUGAUACAUCUCAAAACAGGAAUGCCAUUACCUGGACUGCUUUGAUAUCUGGGUAUGGUCAGCAUGGAAGAGUUGUAGAGGUCUUGCAUCUUUUUCAUAGGAUGAAGAGUGAAGGUUUCAGGCCAAACUAUGUUACUUUUAUCUCAGUUCUUUCUGCUUGCGGUCAUGGAGCUUUAGUUGACGAGGCUUGGGAAUACUUUUCUUCCAUGACAAGAGAUUAUGGAAUUCGGCCAAGAGCACAACAUUAUGCAGCCUUGGUAGACGUUUUAGGACGUGUUGGGCGGUUAGAAGAAGCCUAUGAGUUUGUUUCAAACUCACCUUAUAAGGAGCACUCAGUGAUAUGGGGUGCUUUUCUUUGGGCUUGUAGAAUUCAUGGAGAUAGGGACUUGUUAAAGCUUGCAGCAAAGAAGUACUUCGCAUUGGAACCAGAGAAUGCUGGGAAGUAUGUGGUCUUGUCAAAUGCUUAUGCCACUUUUGGGUUGUGGGAUAAUGUUGCUAAGGUUAGGGAUAUGAUGAAGGAAUCAGGGAUAGUAAAGGAGCCCGCUUAUAGCAAAAUAGAGGUUCAAAAGGAGGUCCAUUUCUUUCUUAUGGGUGAUACAUAUCACAAACAAUCCAAACAGAUUUAUGAAAUGGCUAAAUUGGUUGAUUUUUCUCUAAAGGGUUCAGCCUUAUGCUUCUCAGUAAGGGGAAGCUAAUUCAUGUUAAGGAAAAGUGCUCGUUUCCUAGGAAUCUCUCAUUUUCUUGUCGUAUGAAGAACUUGAUAUAAAAGAGCUUCAUGAAUCAAUGAUUGAGAUGUAUUCUCGGUCUUGUCUGAAAGAUCAAUUGAAUAUGCAGUGAUGUACUCGCACAAAGUUAUUUGAACAGUGUCAAAAGUUAUAGAAAUUGCACUUCAUAGGAAGUUGAAAAGCAUGUAAGAGAGACAACAUUGUUUAUAUUCAGAUUUCAGUACAUGAACCCCAUGCAUGACACUGAUACAUGAAACUUGCGAGUGUCUUCUGGCUCUUGUCCUUUAGGUUCUCAGUGAGAAGAAGGAAACUGCACAGACGUCGAUGGUAUGACACAUAAUGUAUCUGCCAAGUUUGUAGUAAAUAGUUUCAUAAAUCUUCAGCUUAAUGACUAGAAGCUGAGAGUUGAUGUUAUAUACGGUGGUGAUGAGUUGAUCUUUGCAAUCUUGUAGCUGUGUGAAAUUUUGGUGGAAUUUCAUGACUGUUGGUAUGCACAGCACAUCCUAAGGGGAGAAUCUAUGGGCCAAGUAUUAUCACGUGCUGGACUGAAUGAUAUUGUACAUUAUCUAUCUACUUGCAAGUUCCAAGUGUCCUGCUCGGAUUUUCUUGAGAUGUAAUUGUUUCUCAUUUUUUUGUAACCAGAGGAAAUGUUGCUAUAAUCAAAUCGAUCAAGGAUACAAGAUAUGGAUUGGAUUCAAUUGUGACGCAUGAUGGGGUCAAGUUCCCAUGCUGGCCUUUAAAAGAUCUGUCGUCGUUCAAACAAAAGUUUAGCCCUGAGGCAUAUGAUCAGGUAUCUUAGCGCCGGCAUUUGAUUGAUAAGCAAUUCAUGUCAUCUAGUUCUUUGAAGACCUCUAUGAUUUCUGCUCUGAAGCUGCUGACCGUGAUGGUAAAAAAGUAAUCGUCGCCGGACUAGAUGGUGACUAUUUAAGGAGGAAAUUUGGUCCUGUGCUAGAUAUAAUUCCCCUUGCUGAUU